AGUCAUUCAGCCAAUGUCCGUGCGUUAGGUUCACUUUAUUGUGGGGAUCGGGGUACUUUGGGUCUCCCAACGAGUUCUUCGCAAAACCACCAGUGGCUUAGUCCAGAAUUUAAAAUAAAUAAAUAGAAUUAUAUAAACGCAAAACCAAUACGUGAGCACCACCUAUAUGUAUACCCUCCUGCUGACCGUGUAUUUGUAUAUCUGUGGAAUUCCCAGUGCAUUCCGGUUUUACGAAUCCAACCAACCAACAACAACAGUGUCUAUAUAAACGUCGCUUUGUCACUCUGAAAUACCGACAUCGAAAAACCCCAAAAUACAUCAAUAAAGAGUAAAAAACCUCUCAAUAAUUGAUGCACACCCACAUGCUUACGCAAAAGUGUGAUUCAAUUCGUGUGCACAAUCUAUAAUAACAAAAUAUUAAAGCCUUUGCUCUCAAAAGUCUGAUAACCGAGGCUCAAACGAACUCUUUUCUCCAGCCACAAAAUGCUCAAAAUACCAGAUCGCCUGAUGGUUUGGAUCCCUUUGCUUUUGGGGGCCACCUUCCUGUGCUCGGCGCAGUCUCAAAAUGGCCAAGCUCCUCUUCAGCUCUCCGUGGGAAAUCCACUGACCGCCUUCACAGCUCCCGAGGCUUUUCAGAAGGGAGUCAGCCACAUCCAGGCUGUGCGGAGCAACUUUGACGAAGAUGUCCUGGUCAGCAUCUCGCAGGGAGUCCAGGACUUUGCCCUCGAUCUCCUGCAGCGCAUAUCCAUCGAAGUGGAGAAGGCCAACAGGGACUUCAUGAUAUCGCCCUUCUCCGUGUGGUCACUCCUGGUGCUUCUCUACGAAGGAUCCGAAGGAGAGACCUACAACCAGUUGCGUCAAGUACUGCGUAUCAAUGUUGAGGACGAAAAGCUGCGCGGAGCGUACAAGGUGUGGAGCUCCUUCCUCAAUACGACCACUCCCACCAUCGAAGUGGCCACCCUGCAGGCCAUUUACACCGGCAAGGAUUAUCCCAUCAAGAACGACUACCGGAAUGCCAUCCAGAACUACAAUGUGCAGCCCGUGGAAGUGGACUUCUAUAGCCCCGAAUCGGUGAUACAGAUCAACGAAGCCACGAAUCGCACCACCCGAGGUCUCAUUCCAUAUACCAUUCUGCCACAGGAUAUAUAUGGAGCCAAGAUGUUUCUGCUCUCUUCACUCUACUUCAAGGGGCAGUGGAAGUUUCCAUUUAACAAGACUCUGACUAGAGAUGAGCCCUUUUACAGCGAGAGCGGCGAGGUUAUCGGCAAGAUACCCAUGAUGGUGCAGGAAGCGAACUUCGCUUACGUCUCCAACAUAGAGGGUCUGGAUGGCUAUGUCCUGGAGCUUCCCUAUGGAACCCAGAACAGACUAGCAAUGCUCGUGGUUCUGCCCAAACGCGGGUUCAAGUUAAAUGAUGUGGCCAACAAUCUGAAGACCCUGGGAUUGCGGCCUAUCCUUCAGCGGCUGGCGGCUUUCAGGGAGAGAGCCUCCGAGGACAACGAAGUAGAGGUCAUGAUGCCUAAGUUCAUGACUACCACAGACUUUACACUCAAGGGAAUCCUUAUAAAGAUGGGCAUUCGAGAUCUAUUCGACGAGAAUGCCGCUAACCUAACCCGGAUGUCGUCCGGAUUGUUUGCCAAGCUAGUCGUCCACUCCACCAAGAUCAUCGUGGACGAGCAGGGAACCACGGCAGGUGCUGUCACGGAGGCUUCGCUGAUCAACAAGGCCACGCCACCCAAGUUCCUGCUGAACAAACCCUUCCAGUACAUGAUCGUCGAGAAGGCAACCGGUCUGUUGCUCUUCGCCGGCCAAGUUCGGAACCCCAAGGCGGCUUAGAGAUCUGAGCCUGACUUUAUUCGCAUACCACAAUAAAUACCUUACUUUAAGCCAAA